AUGGCUUGCUUUGCCAGGACUGAAACUAACUUAAUCACCGAUCAAUAUGCUCUUCUUGCCUUCAAAACUCAAAUGAAGCUUGACCCUCAAAACAUUCUAGUAAACAAUUGGUCCACCACCACCCCUGUAUGCAACUGGAUUGGUGUCUCUUGUGGUGUUCGUCACCAAAGAAUCACAGCCUUGAAUCUUCCCAACAUGAAUCUUAGUGGCGCCAUUUCUCCGCAUCUAGGAAACCUCUCAUUCCUUGCUACCCUGAAACUUGAUAACAACAAUUUACAUGGUCAUGUCCCUGUGGAGUUAGCUAAAUUGCGUCGAUUGAAAAAAAUUGAUUUGCAAAGCAACUUCUUUAACGGGGAGAUUCCAUCAUGGUUUGGGAGAUUACCAGAACUUCAACACUUGAAUAUGAGUAAUAAUAAUUUCUCGGGUGCUAUCCCCGCUUCCUUAGGAAACAUCACUAGCCUAGUGAUGAUGCGAUUAUCGAGCAAUUAUCUACAAGGACAUAUUCCAGAAGAAAUUGGUGCUAUACCACAGGAGAUUGGAAAUCUUCACAAUUUGACUUUCUUAGAUAUAAGUUCCAACAGCCUUAGGGGUCUUAUUCCGGGUACAGUUUUCAACAUCACAACAAUACAUGUCCUUCUCCUUCAUGGCAAUUAUCUUUCAGGCACUCUUCCAUUAAGUAUGGGCCUUUGGUUACCCAAUCUUGAAAUAAUCGCACUUGGAGGGAAUUACCUAACUGGAAUUCUUCCGGACUCUAUCUCAAAUGCAUCUAGAAUAAUUGAAAUCACGUUGGAGAACAACCAAUUCACCAGCACAAUACCAAAAUCACUUGGUAACCUAGAACUUCUUCAACGCCUUGACUUGACUGGAAACAGUUUCACUAGAGAAUCUUCAUCUAUGGAGUUGAGUUUCAUCACUUCUUUGACAAAUUGUCGACAACUAACGUACUUGUGGAUAUCUUAUAAUCCUCUCGAUGGCAUUCUUCCAGUUUCUAUUGGAAAUUUCUCCACUUCUCUUGUUCAUUUGCUCGCAAACUAUGGUGAAAUUAAAGGCAACAUUCCCAACCAAAUCGGCAAUUUAAGUCGUUUGGCAUUCUUAGAAUUAGAAGGCAAUGACAUUCAUGGGUUCAUUCCAACAACAAUAAAAGGGUUGUGGAAGCUUCAAAUUUUGCGUCUUCCUCAAAAUAGAAUACGAGGAUCCAUUCCAAGUGAACUUUGUUAUUUAAGGAGCAUGGGCCUUUUAGAUUUGAGCAAAAAUGAGUUUGAUAACUCGGUGCCAUUGUGCUUGGGAAAUAUUACUUCUUUAAGAUAUCUCUAUUUAGAUUUCAACAAAUUAACUUCCAUCAUACCCAAGAAACUAUGGGUGCUCAAGGAUCUUUUGGAGCUCAACUUGUCCUCAAAUUCCUUCAUCGGCAAUUUGCCCCCAGAAAUUGGAAGUUCAAAGGUCAUGACAAAAAUAGAUCUCUCAAGGAAUCAAUUAUCAAGUAUUCUUCCUGGCACUAUUGGAGGCCUACAAGAUCUGUCGACUCUAUUUUUAGCACAUAACAAAUUGCAAGGACCACUUCCUGAGUCACUUGGAGACUUGAUAAGCCUAGAGUUCCUAGAUUUAUCUUAUAACAAUAUAUCUGGAACGAUUCCAAAGUCUUUAGAGGUGCUCCUUCAUCUUAAAUACCUCAAUGUAUCUUACAAUAAACUAAGAGGAGAAAUUCCAAAUGGUGGACCUUUUGUAAGCAUCACUUAUCAAUCUUUUAUCUCAAAUGAUGAUUUGUGUGGUGCACCUAGGUGGCGCGUGCCUCUAUGCAAACAUAGUUCUCUUCAAAGAUUGAGCAAGAAAAGAGUGCUUCUAGUUGUAUAUAUCUCAUUGGCGAUUGGGAUAACGGUUCUUGCCUCAACCUCGAUAUUCAUUUUGAUGAGACGAAAAAGGAGAAAUAACAUCGCAACUGAGAAUGGUUUGUUGCCUACAGUAAUCCAUGGAAGAAUUACCUACUAUGAACUUCGACGAGCAACUCAUGAGUUCAAUGAAAGCAACUUGCUUGGCGUGGGCAGUGUUGGUUCAGUCUACAAAGGGAUCCUUGCAGAGGGGACACAUUUGGCUAUAAAAGUAUUCAAUUUACGACUAGAAGGCGCACUAAAGAGUUUUGAUACAGAAUGUGAAGUAUUGCGCAAUCUUCGCCACCGAAAUCUUACCAAAGUCAUCAGCAGUUGCUCUAAUCUUGAUUUCAAAGCGAUUGUGCUCGAGUAUAUGCCAAAUGGGAGCCUUGAAAAGUGGUUGUAUUCUCAUAACUAUUUCUUGGACAUCUUGCAGAGAUUAGAUAUAAUGAUAGAUGUGGCACAUGCAUUGGAUUAUCUCCACCAUGGCUACUCGAUUCCCGUGGUUCACUGUGACUUGAAGCCUAGCAAUGUUUUGCUGAACGAGCAUAUGGUUGCACAUGUGAGUGACUUUGGCAUUGCAAAGUUAUUGGGUGAGGAGAGUAAUGUGCUAACCAAGACCUUGGCUACCUUGGGCUACAUUGCUCCAGAGUAUGGAUCGGAAGGACUAGUCACUACAAGGUGUGAUGUUUACAGCUAUGGAAUUUUGCUGAUGGAAACCUUUACGAGAACGAAACCCUGUGAUGAAAAGUUCACUGAAGAUUUUAGCCUCAAGCAAUGGGUGGAUAAUUCCUUACGAAAUGCAAUACUCCAAGUGAUAGAUGCCAACUUAGUAAGGCCAAAGGAUGAACACUUGACUGUGAAGGUGCAAUGUGUAGCAUCUGUCAUGGAAUUGGCUUUGAAAUGCUCUGCAGAAUUGCCUAAAGAGCGGAUUAGCAUGAGGGAGGUUAUAACAACUCUUCAAAAGACCAGAGUUGAAUUUCUUGCAAAUUGUUCAAGGCCUUGA